GUUUUUCGCUAAAUGGGCGUCUUACAGCUCCCGGAGUUAGCGGCUCUACUAAAGAACGGAUCAUAACGCCGUUGGCUUGGAAGAUCCUCGCCGUCCAUUUUUGCCCCCUAGUUUGUUGCACUCCCUCUGUUUUCUUCCCUCAUUUUGUUCGUCUCUUGUGGUCUGUCAUUACCCCAAUUCUGUAAGUCUCCGUAGAUCGUUGUACCUGUAGGAGACUAGAAUUCCUCCUCAUUGCUUCGUGCAUUUCUUCGCUUUUCUGGUUGUAUGCAAGGUGUUUGAUGAAAGUCCUGAUCGAGGAUUUCUUAGAUGGACACAGCUGGAACUAGAGCUAGAACUAGGAAAUCCCAACAAGAAAUACUAAAAAAUAAAAUACAAGAGCCUCACUACCCAGCGCGAUCAUGAAGCGAACAGACUCCCAAAAAAAACUAAAAAAAAGACACAAGCAACGGACAUUUUUAGAAACAAUUGACGAGAAAAUAGGGAAAAGACAGAAAUGGAUUGCUCUGUUUCUGUACCAAGUUCACAACUUCUUCAGCUCUGCUCUCAUGGCCUGGUCUUUGUCAGUCACCUCAACAAGAACCAAGCUUACCCUACCACAGCAAAGAAAUAAACUUUAUAUGAAUAUCAAAAGCACCCACAGAAACUACCCCCAAAAAUGAAAAAACAUAGGCACAGCACAGGAGAUGUAGAUAAGCCGAGCGCUCUUCUGCCUCUGUAUAGACAGUUACGGCGAUUUCAUUGCUCAGGACAGCUUCAAUAGAGUUUCAGCGGACCAACUUUCUUCUAAGGGUAGAUACCGUAUAUUCGCCGUUACUCUUCCCCUUUUUCAUGAACUUAAUAUUGCGCAGAUAUUUGGAUUUUUGAUUUACUGGGUUUGAGCUUUCUAUGUUUUCGACCUUUUUAUCUAGAAGAAGUCACCUUUUGAGUCGAGCUAUACACGUCGGAAAGCAUUUCUCAAACCCAAGUGCUGAAGAUAUCAUUUUUAGGACAGUUUGUCUUCAUUUGAAACAAAGGAGAUGGAGAUGCUUAGGGCAACUAUCUUCAAAAUUAACGAAUUCGUUGGUGAAUCGAGUUGUUUGUGAGUUCCAGAACUCGGCCCAGUUAGCUUUAGACUUUUACAAUUGGGUUGAAGAUAAGUUGUUCUCACACUCGUUAGAAUCAUGUUGUACCAUAAUCCAUGUAUUGGUUAAGUCAAGGAGAUUUGAUGAUGCAUUGUGUCUUAUGCGAAACUUGAUUGGUAAAGAGGGUAUUUCUCCUUUGGAGAUAUUGGAAGGACUGACAGAUAGCUACCAAAGAUGCAGGUCAAGUCUUGAUGUUUUUGAUUCAUUGGUGAGGGCUUGUACUCAGCUUGGGAACACUGAAGGUGCUUAUGGUGUGAUCAAUAAGCUAAGACUCCGAGGCUGCUGGGUUACAAUUCAUGCUUGGAAUAAUUUCCUGAAUCAUGUGUUGGAAGUGAAUGGAAUGGAUAGGUUCUGGGAAUUGUAUGAGGAGAUGGUUUCUUAUGGCUAUGUAGAAAACGUGAAUACCUAUAAUUUGCUAAUAUAUGCUUUUUCUAAGGAAGGUAGAUUGAUGGAAGCUAUUUCAGUGCUUUAUCGAAUGUUGAAGUGUGGAAUUUUUCCUAAUAUUGUUUCUUUCGACAUGAUGAUGGAUGGGGCUUGCAAAACUGGUGACUUGGCUCUUUCCCUUAAGCUUCUCACAAAGAUGUCAACGAUGACAGGAGGUUCUGUUUGCCCCAACGCUGUGACUUACAAUUGCAUCAUUAACGGCUGCUGCAAGAAAGGAAAACUAAUACUUGCAGAAAAGAUGUACAAUGAAAUGAUCAGGGCAGGGUUUGAGCCAAACGUUAGGACUUAUGCUACCUUAGUUGAUGGGUAUGCCAGAUGGGGAAGUUUGGAAGAGGCACUGCUGCUGUGUGAUGAAAUGGUUGAAAGAGGACUGACUCCUAAUACUGUUGUGUUCAAUUCAAUUUUAUACUGGCUUUAUCGGGAAGGAGAUAUUAAGGAAGCAUCUUCACUAUUAUCUGACAUGAUUGACAAGUGUAUACCCCCUGAUCAGUACUCCUAUUCCAUACUCACAAAAGGGCUUUGUAGCAAUGGAUAUGUGACUGAGGCUCUUAAGCUUCAUAACAGGAUUAUAGAAAAUGACAUGCUUAAGGAUGGCUUUUCUCUUAACAUACUGCUCUACUAUAUUUGCAGGAGCAAAAAUUUGGCAGGAGCUAAGCAGCUGCUCGGCAGAAUGUUUGUACGUGGUCUAACUCCUGAUAUAUAUACAUUCGGAACUUUAAUUGAUGGGUAUGGCAAGCAAGGCAACAUCCAAAAUGUGCUUCAAGUUUAUGAUGGAAUGAUAAAGAUGGAGAAGGAGCCAAACUUGGUAAUAUACAAUUCUGUCAUUAAUGGUCUAUGUAGAGUGGUCUCCAUGGAUGUUGCAAAAUGUCUAUUUGAAGAGCUGGAAAGGAGAAAGUCUAUUAAUGUCACAACUUAUAACACUUUGAUUAAUGGGUAUUGCAGUAGUGCACAGAUCGAUGAGGUGUUCAAUUUGGCUUCCAAGAUGAAGAGCUCAGGAAUAUCUGCAAACAGAGUCACAUAUAAUACACUGAUUAACCUUCUCUGUAAGUUUGGCUGUGAUCAGGAAGCCGAAGAAUUGAUGAAGGUGAUGAUCAUGCAGGGCAUUCGUCCCGACGUUAUAACAUACACAACAGUUGUUAACUAUUUCAUCAGGAAAUGCAGGCAUGAGGAAGCUAUUGCGUUGCAUGACUACAUGGUACUCAAGGGAGUAAUUCCUGACCAGAAUACCUAUAAUGCCAUUGUAAAGCCACUUAUUUUAGGGGAAAGAAGAGAGACGUAAGUCAUCUACUUGUACUAACUACCUGUAAAGUUCUUCACAUCUUAAUAGGUCACAUUUUCAGUUUUUCUGUUGAAUAUUUAUCCAAAAUCAUUUCUCAUCUUCAGCAAA